CUGCUGGCUCUAACCCUGUGUGUUCCUCUCACCCGCUCCCCUCAGAUCUCCUCUCUGCUCACCAGCGAGGUUCACUCGGUUCGUGCGGGGCGCCACCUCGCCACCAAACUCAACAUCCUGGUCCAGCAGCACUAUGACCUGGCCUCCACCACCAUCACAAACAUCCCCAUGAAGCCCACAUUAAAUGUUUGCGAACAGGAAGAGCAGCACGCCAACACGUCGGCCAAUUACGACGUGGAGCUCCUGCAUCACAGAGACGCUCACAUGGAGUUCUUUAAAAGCGGAGACUUGCAUAUGGCCGGCAGCAGCACGAGAGAAAACGGACUGAAGGAGACGAUCACACUGAAGUGGUGCACGCCCCGAACCAACAGCAUAGGUGGGAGCAGCUGGAGGUCAUGUGUGUGUGUGUUAUUUCAUAUUAAGGUUUUUAAAGGUCCUGCUGCGAGGAGCGGACA